AUGGGCUAUGAGUUAUUUCAGAACCAACAGAGCCAAGAUUUGAUCCUGAAACCUGCACUUCUCAACCAACACACAGCCAUCCGCCACGACACAGCCGAUCUCAGUAACAAGACCAACAGACUUCACAGGAUCUACAUGAAAGAAGCGGCGAGAUAUGCCCGAGGUAUUGUAGAGGGCGUUUGGGGGCCGCGGCAGUUGUGA